AUGACUCUUUAUUGUUUGGUUGAACAGGGUUUGAUUGAUCUGCGUUUCACACCAAUGUCUCUGGAAGCACCUCCACCAAACUAUGUUCGCUUGGAUGCGGCGCGUCAUCUCCCUAUCGCAUGGAUUGAGUCAGGCAUCGUGGCUGGCAAAGAUUGUUCCGGAACCGUUAUUUCGUCCACUGAAGAGCUCGAAUUAUUGAUGGAAAAGCUGGGUGCUGCUAACCUAAAUGUCUCGCUAAACCAGCAGGAGAUACUUCGGACGGAAGAAGUGUUUGAAGAUCUAUAUAUAAAUCUCAUGAAUUACAUUCGCUACGAUCACCGAACGCCGCUGAUUAACACUCUGACUAAAGUGAAUGACUUCUUGCGUCAGAAAGGGGAGAGAUAUUUACUCGACGACUACGUGACCUACCCAGACUGUCAGCUCAUGCCGAAGUUACAGCACCUGCGCGUCGCUGGCCGGGCAUACAAAGGUUUCGACGUACCCGAGCAUUUGACUCACCUGUGGGCAUAUGUGAAACAGAUGUACGAAACGAGAGCGUUCACGUGUUCCUGUCCGUCGGACCGAGAUAUCCUACUACACUAUCAAGAGAAAGAUCCAUUGCCAAAAAAUGUGCGUCUCAGCCUUCUGGGUGCGGAAUAUUUAUCCACUGUACCUGCUCAAGCCAUUAACGGUGGGUGUACCAAAUAAUAUUCGUGGAUAACUGAAGGUGUAACUUGACCAGCGCCAAUUUCCAAAGUCAUUGGACAUAAUGUUUAACUUUCUUUCUAUUGACGUAUUAUUCAUUCCUCUCUUCAUCAUUUGUCAUCCUAACGAUCAUCACUGUAUCAAUCCUCAUCGACGUCACUAUGAUUCAUAUUGGUCAGUAAGUAGCUCCUCUUGGUGCAUCAAAAUUAUUGCAAUGACUACCAUUUUAUCCAUUUUCGCUGUCUUCAGCUGUCCUGUUUGAGAUAUAUAAACAGCUCAAGUCGUCUACCCAGGGGCUUUCCUGGGUAAGCGCCGAGCUUUCGAGUUGUGUUUCCGUAUCACUGAAUUGCAUUUUAUAGUAGGAA